AUGGCGCCCAACCUAUGGCCUAUGCUGCCUCAAGCCGAGGAAGAUGCUCUCCACAAUGUCUCCCGUCUCUUCAACGUCGAAUCACGGCCUUACGCUCGCGUUGCCCAUCGCAUAAUCACCUCAAGGGAACAAGGCAAACCUAACGAUUUUAUCCUUUCAGAUGCGCGACCCAGGCAAUUACCUACGCCGCCCCCCGAUGCCUCGGCCGCAGACGAGGAAGCUGCAGCGCGCGAUGCUAUCCGGAAAGAGGAGGCCGACAGAAUCGAAGCCUGGAGAAAAGAGCUGAUGAACGAGCUGGAACUCCUCGAUUUUGCAACGCUACGCUUCGAGCUCACUACCGGCAUCAACAACGAGGAACGGGAGCGUUACGCCAAAGACAAAGUAGCCAUCACAGACAAGCAGGACCAUGUUCGAAAAAACAUCGAGAAGCUACAUGUGGACUUACAGCAAGCGAAGGAGACGUUGGCCGUCCGCAAGACUUACGACGAGCUGACGGAGAAGAUCACCAACAACAAAAUGUUGAAACCGCGGGAUGAACAAGCCAUUGCGCAUGAAAAAUUGGAUCAGGAAAUUGCCGAGUUAGAGCAGGAGGUACAAAACGCGAAGACAACCUGGAGCGAGCGCCGUACACAAUUCAACCGCAUUGAAACCGAGGCAAUGAACUUGAUGCAAAUGAUCAAGGAUGAGAAGGAAGAGGCGGAACGCAAGGAGGGAAUGCGCGAUGACGAAGGGGACGAGAAAGAUGCCAGCACGAGAGCCGACAUCAGCCAUGCGGGAACCCCUAGACCUGACGGUGGUCUUACGCCAGUGCAUGUCAGCCAGACCGGCGAAUCUUCGAACACUCUCAAAGUUCCGCCACAAGAUCGACUCUCAGCUCUCAAUGUCGCUACAUCACCUGUACCCUCGGGCACUGGAGAGGACACUGAGAUGGGCGAGUCAGGCGACAAUACAGGUCGCAAUCCGGCCGAGGAUUCCGAGAUUGAGGAGGGCGAAGACGUGGAGGAAGGUGAACACGAGAGAUCUGAGCAUGAAGAGGCUUCAGGGCGUGAGAUGGACGAAUCAUAA